AUGCUGUCGCAUGUCAAACAAUAUAACAUACCUGGUGUCGGUGGUGCUGGUAUUGGUUUCGGUACAACUGGAGAUGGUUUGGAUGGAGACGGCUUCGGUACGUCUGAAUGAAAAAAAAACAAUAUUAUUACCAUUUAAAUGAGUUCAUAAUGACACUAUGAAAAUCGUUGCUUCUAUUCAGUGGCUAUGCCACAAUCAAUCCAAUAUGAGGUCGAGAAAACAAAACAAUUUCAUCCCGCGAUUCCUUUUAUCUCGAUUGUACUUGCAAAAAACAACUCAUGUUCUUGAGAAGUCUAAAAUUUUCUCUUCGCUGUUUAUUUUCGUAUUCCAAGAGAACGAAGAAGAAUACCUAUGUGCUUCGGCUAUGUUGCAGUCAUAGAUGUUGCUAGGAGAUCGUCUGAUAAGCCGGAUAUCUUUCAUACAACUUUGACUAGUUGCAGUUAUGGACAGAAAGUCGGCUUCACUCACAGUAUUCUUUCAUUCAAUUGCUUGAGCUCUCUAUACGUACUAACUAACCAUACACUAACUACGAGAGUUACAUUAAAUACCACAACUAGUGAACUGCAUCGGGUAUUUUUCGGGUUUGAGUAAACAGUAAAUAAAAACUUUACACCAAUAUCAAACUCGUUUUUUGAAGUGUGGGUUCGACAGAGAAGUUGUCCAGCUUCCAAAUGGUAUGCCUUGGUUCGGGAAAAAUAAUCAAUCCAUGGAAUUAGAGAAGAAAAAUAUACGAAAAAAAUCGGAGUCCGAUUUAAACCCGAUUCCGAUUUUUUUUGCGAUCGUUUUAUAUGUAGAACUGCAGAAAUAAAAUGUUUUUCAAAUCCAAAUGCAUCAUUCGAAAGCUAAAAGAUUCCACUAUCAAAUUCACAUCUCGAAAAAGCGUUUGAUCUUGAUUUAAAGUUUUUAUUUACUAUUUAAUCAAAACCCGAAAAAAACCCGAUGCAGUUUACUACCCGUGGGUAUCUGCAAAUAAUAGCACUUGAGGACCCAUGGAUACCUUCAUAUAGUAGAACAUGAGGAUCUCUGGGCACCU